AAAAUGGUUGGGACUUGAAAGGACAGACUAUCGGGUAAGUGACUACAGGGGUUGGGGGCACUUUAGCUGAAAAUCUGAGAAUCUCUCGAUUUUGAGACUGAUCUUUGCUUUUUGCAUCUGUUAAACCAAAACAAAAAUGCCAAUGGUUUUGGUAGCAGCAGCAGCAGCAGGAGGUCAAGUAUUGUCAAAAUCCCCACACCAUCUCCAUCUCAUUAAUUCUCUAUCUCCAUUUCCUUCUCCUUCCCCUUUUCCUUCCCUCACAAAGACUAAUUCUAUCUCUCUCCGCCGCCACCACCACCACCACCAUCCACGGCUUCGGCUUGGCCCCACAAGUAUAAGUACAGGUACAACCAGCUCCUUAUUCUCCUACAGGAAACCAGUAGUAGUAGUGGCGGCCUCUAUCAACGAAUCCAUGUCGUUUGCAGCUUCCUCGUACGACAGCGUCCUCUUUCUUCUCUCGGCAGAGAGCACCGGCUAUUCCUUGGCCAGCUACUACACAUCUUUGGGACUCUUCGUCAUCUCUGUCCCUGGCCUCUGGUCCCUUAUCAAACGCUCUGUUAAAUCCAAGAUAGUUCAGAAGACGUUUAUUGGAGAAGGUGAAGCCAAGAAGCCACCCAAUCAGAUGGCCGGUGAGAUUCUUUCUUUCUUCUCUCGCAACAAUUUUGCGGUCGCUGAUAGAGGAGAGACCAUUACGUUUGAGGGCGUGAUGGUACCAAGCAGAGGGCAGGCAGCUUUGCUCAUAUUCUGCACCUGCAUCAGCCUUGCCAGUGUCGCCCUCGUUCUUACCAUAACUUUUCCGGAUGUCGGCAACAAUUGGUUCUGGCUCACCAUCUUAAGUCCAUUAGCGGGCGCCUAUUACUGGAAAAGAGCAUCACGGAAGGAGCAGAUCAAGGUCAAAAUGAUGGUUGGAGACGACGGGAUCCUAUCGGAGAUCAUAGUACAAGGUGAUGACCAACAAGUCGAGCAAAUGAGGAAGGAGCUUCAGCUCAGCGAAAAAGGCAUGGUGUAUGUCAAGGGCAUAUUCGAAAGAUAAAAACUAAGAGAGAAAAAGGUACUAAGGCAGUGGCCAGAGAUGUUGAAUUUUGCAACUGUUACUUAAAGCCUAAAGGGGAAUUAGCAAACGAGGCUGUUCAUCAGUUGAUUCCUGUAAAAGAGUUGAGAUGUAUUAAAACAACCUAGAUUACAUGAGUUUAACUUGAAAAUUUUGGGCAAUAAUUCAACUCUCUUCUUCAACUUAGCUCCAAAACUACUUAUCUUCUUUUACAUGCAUACUUGUUAUGGUGUCACGGCUCAUUAUUACGUUGGCACCAGCAU